CCCGGUGACAUAACCAGUCUCUCCAAAAUGGCGACGGUGGAUAACAGGGAAGGUGAGUGGAUUUGUUUGAUAGAAACACGCCGCUAUAACUCUUUUAAUUUCCAUGCGUUUGACCUUUUGACAACAACAUACAGACUCGGCCUCUCUUUAGAAUUUAAUAGUCAUCCAAAUGUAAUUCUAAUUUUAACGCUAUAAUGGAUUGUGCCGUUUGACGCUGGUCUGCUAAUGUUAGCUCCUGAAUUAAUUUACAUUGGAUAAAGAGUUAGCAGAGACUCUGUCAGCUUUACUGCCGUUAUAACAAGCUUAUAGGUUUGAGGAGUCACCUUUAAGGUUUGAUAUAAGCGGCAGAUACAGUUCUGUAUUUGUAUAUUUAUUUCAAACAAGAAUAUAGUUGAAGUUCGUGAUCAUCUGUGUUCAUAAAGGAGAUAAAACACCAAUUAAAUUACAUAGAAUUAAAGAUGUAUUGGCCCACCCAUAGCAAAGCAGUAGUAAAACUAAGAAUGAUUGAUUUGUGAUAGAGGAGAGACGGGGUUGGCUCUUGUUUUGAUUUAUUAGUUUACAUUUUUCAACUGAAUAAACAUGAUAAUGUUAUAUCCACAAAGCUGGAUCUUUAUUUUUCUUCAUCUGCUUCAAAGGAAAGCUGUUCAAGUCAGAUACAAAACUCAUUAUAUUGAACAGUUUUAUUUUUUAAGUUUGUUACAUAUAAUAGCUGAGAAAAGGAGUGGAGUAACUCGAUUAUGAAGGAUCUAAGGCUCUUCUAUAACGCUCCUGUGUUAACACAAAAGCAAACUGGAUAAACAGUGUCAAAACUGACAGAUGGUUUAGAGUUAGUUGAAAGGUCAAAAGUGUUUUUUACUGUGGUAGUGUUUCCAAUAAGUGAAUCAUUUUUGCAUGUAAAAUAAUGCGAUAAAGAGAUCAGAGGUACUGCUGUGAAAUCAGGGGGCUGCUACAUUCACACAAAUCAAAAUUUCCUCACAGGAGCUUUAACAUCAGCCUUUUGCAUCUUUCUUUUCUGCCCUAUAUGCAUUUGUACUGAUUUACUUUUGGUGGGAAUCAGUAUUUAGUAUAUAAACUGAAUGUUUUUUUAUGAGGUUAGUGUGAAAUGUCUUUUUUUGUAAUCAAUUUUUAUCUUCAUUGUUUUUAUCAACCAGCAGGUCAGGACGACCCAGAGAGUGAAGAUGAAGUGUACGAGGUCGUGGACCUGACAGAAUAUGCCCGCAGACACCAAUGGUGGAGUCGGGUGUUCGGGAGCAACUCUGGCCCGAUUGCUGAGAAGUAUUCUGUGGCUACGCAGAUCAUGAUGGGUGGAGUGACUGGAUGGUAGGACACUGUUACACCUACCUGAAUGAACUCUUACCACUAUAUUUGAGGAAAUCUUAGCAGUACAGUUGAUGGUUUGAUGAGAUUUUCCAGCUAAAGAUGCAAACGGUGAUGCGCAUCAUAACUAACAUGCCUCUCACUCACGUAGGUGUGCAGGUUACCUGUUCCAGAGAGUUGGGAAGAUCGCUGCAACAGCUGUUGGAGGAGGCUUCCUUCUUUUACAGGUCAGAGCACCGUCUGCACGCUCAUCAAUUACACGUUAAGUACAUCUUAUUAUCUCAAAAGCUCAGUUACCACGGGACGAGUCUGACCUGAGGAUCUCCAGUCAUUUGAAAGGAAAGCAGAGGUUUAGAUGUGGCUUUGACUGGCGACGUCUUUCUUAUUUUUUCAUUUUUAUUUAUCUUUUUUUUUUUUGCUUUCCUGCAACAUUUGAUCAGAAAAGACAUUAUCAAUUUAGUCUGCGCUAUUGAUGUGCGUUCAAAGCCCAUCAAUAGCGCGUCCCUUCACCACUGCAGGACUCUGACAUUGACCCAAGCAUACACAAAAUAACCCUUGUAGACCCUUUUAUGUGUGGAGGAAAUCAACCCAUCCAGCAAAAAUGUCCGUUUCUCAGCUUGAUUUUGACGUACAUUGCAGACGAUUGACUGAAGUGAUAUGAGCUGCGGGGCUCUAGGCUGGGCGUGGUGUAUCAGUGAAAUGCAUAACAUAACAAUUGACAUAUCCAUAUACAUACCAUUAUUGUUGUCUGUUCAGCUUCAGCCUUGUCAUUCCUUCUCAAGUCUUCCUAGUCACUAGAAGACUUGUCACAUCUCUUUGUAUACACAGGAGGCUCAUCCUAGAAGUUUUGCUCGUAACUUUCGGGUAAAUGAUUUGAUGGAUGACAGCGUGUGGCACAGCUAUUUUUAUGGUAUUUUACUGGGCUCAGCACUAAUGCAAUUCCAUCCAUUAAUAGCUUAGUAAAUGAAUGUGAUCAGAACCUUUAAGAGAUAGUGCUGCUAAAUAAAGAUCUUCUCCUGUGCUAUUCGUCCUUUAAAGUCAGUUCCUUCUUUAAGCUAGGUAUGAUACAAAAGUAAGACCUUCAAGAUUCAAAUUCAUCGACUUCUUCGACGACUGAAGAUGCCAGCCGUACAGCAUGAUGCUCAGCUGGUGUCCUCCCUGCAGCAGAAAGACUAGCAUUGUGGCUGUAGCGUGCCAUCUGGGUGCUAACUGUCUGUUAUCAGUGUAUCAAUUUGUUUUUAAAAGCAUCUCUAGACUUUUUUUCCCACAAAGAUCACACCAGAGACUGUUUCGAUUCACAGACUGGGUUGUUGCUCAGAGUUGGUUUCUAGGUAAAGUACAAAAUGUGCCUAAAUAGAAACAAUAGUUACUAGAAAAGCAGCUCUUGUCCCCCCUUAAACAUGAUUGCCCUGACUGGGAAUCAAACCCACGACCUUCUGGUUGUGAGGCGACAGUGCUAACCACUACACCCCUGUGCUGCCCAUUGGUUAUCUUUCAGCAUUGACAAUUCCAACGACACCCUUAUUUUUGUGUGUUCUGGAUCACAGUAUCCAGAAUUUUGUCCCGAUCACCACCAAACUUUAAUGGGAUCCUCCUGGGGCUGAGACGCACCUCUGGUUAAAAUUUCAGGUCAAUCCGUCUGUUACUUUCUCCGUUAAGUUGCUAACAGACAAACAAACCAACGCUACCGAAAACAUAACCUCCUUGGCGGAGGUAAAAAACAUAACCUUGAUUCUCACUCCAGUUUUAUUAGUUUUUAUCAAGGCCUUGCGUUCAAAAUCUGCAAAAUCCUGCACCCCUAACAAAGCCUUUCAACUUCUCCCUCUUUAAAAUUCUUUCACAGUUUCCAGACUUCACUAAUUGGUUGGCUGAGAGGAGAAUUUAUGCUGGUUCAUUCUCUCACUAUGUCCUUUUCAUCAGUUUUCCCUUGUGCCUUGACCAAACUGUCCCUGAAAACUCUCUCUCAUUGUUCAAGGUUUGCUUGUGCAUCAAACCUGAAUCCCUUCAACUAAAAAAAAAGUGAUUUUACCAGCAGAAAUAGUCACUUUGCAUAACUCAAAAAGGUUGCAAAGGUUAAUCUAAUGCAUGCAUAUUGUAGUUUUGCAGACCGGUGUAUAUAAUUGCUAAUGCACACUGAGUAUGUGUCAGUAGGACAUGUCAUAAACUGCCAGACGGUGCAAUAUAGCUCAGAGGAGCUCAGCUGAUAAGACCAGCAGUGAGGUCAGUAGCACAGACAGAGUGCAAUGAGGUUACAAAUCAGAACAAAUGUAUUAUUUUCAGCAUGUAUAAGAAAACGUGCAAUUUUCAAAAUUUCAAAAUCUGUUUUGAAAGAUAGACUGAAAUAUUUCUUAUCUCUGUAUUAAUAUCUCCCCAGAUUGCUAAUCAUAGCGGCUACGUACAGGUGGACUGGAAGAAGGUGGAGAAGGAUGUGAACAAGGCAAAGAAGCACCUAAAGAAGAAAGCAAACAAAGCAGCCCCUGAAAUAAACACAUUCAUUGAGGAGGUAAAGGUACCUGUACCAAAGCUUGCUCUUUUGCUUUUCUUAACUGCUGAAACUAAAAACUUUCCGAACAGUUUCAUGUAUUUUCUUCAGAGCAAUGAAAAAGCUCCACACCCUGCAUCCAACUCACUCCUGACUCCUCUUUAGCUCGAUCUAAAUGUCACUCUUUGAUGUCCUUGUUUUGGUGGAGGGUUUCUUCUGCACUCUGCAAGCUUGCAAUGCCCUCUAGUGUGCUGUUAGCAAUACUACACCUAUAAACUGUGACACAGCAAGUUUAAAGUAGAUUUCUAGUCAUUUUAAACCUCUACCUUAUUAUCAUGUCAUAUUCUUUUCAAUCAAACCAUUAGAUUUUUAGAUUUGUCGACUCAUUCUUUGCCUUCCGUCUUCAGGCCACAGACUUCAUCAAAAGAAACAUCGUCCUGUCCAGUGGCUUCGUUGGUGGCUUCUUUCUGGGUUUGGCCUCCUAAAAUUGCUGCACACACUCUACUUACUUUGAAUCCCAUUACUGUAUUCAUAGAUCACUUUCCUCUCUAUUAUUUACCUCUCAGCUCCACAUGAUUCUCCUUUUACUGCUCAAAACAGGGAGGAAUGGGGGGGUUAGGUUGAACAUUAUAGCAUGACCUGUUGUGACAGUGGUGUUUACUGUGUUACAUCUUCCCCCUUGGUAACUUCUUCUUUUAAGACUCUAAAGUGGGAUUGUUUGGGGUGUUUUGGUUCAACUGUGAAGACUUUUCGCUGUAGGAAAUUUGCAGGUGGCUGAAUAAUUCAAGCUGCCACAAACUGAAUGCCUUGGUGUCCAUAUUCUGCUCAUGUGUUCACCUGGCAGAUGCUGAUCUGAAGUUUGUAAAGGUUGGCAUGUGUUCACGCUGUUGUAAAUAAAUAGCCAACCGCUUUGCAGAGAUGUAAAUACUCUUGAGUGAGAAACUCUUAUAUGAAGAAGGUGGAGGGUGACAUAGUGGGAGGUUUAUGGUGCGUUUCAUUAACCUGAAAGUCAGAACUGGGAAUGAUCUGGAAUCCAAGUUGACUGCUUCACAGCAAUGAGUUGAAAAUAAAGCCUGGAAGUUGCUUAGCCAUUAGCUCAUGUUGUUGUUUGUCUCCGUGUGGCUGAUUCAGCAAUAUAAAACAAAACUAAAUUGCUUAUGCUAAUGCAAAUGCCAACGCCAAUGACUGUCAAAAAGCACAGCUGUAACAACCAGUGAUUCAAGAAGCAGCCAUCUUGGAUUUUGAGAUUAGGGUUACUGAAAGAGCCAAUUGAUAUCUCUGAAUUUCCAACCUCUUAGAUCAAAUAGAGCCCACCAAAAAGAUUUUUCAAGUUAGAAUUCCGAUAUCAGGGGGCAUUCUGUUUGACCUUUCCAUUGAGCAUUCUGGAAUUCCCAAUUUCCAGAAUCAAAGUGGGACAUGUACCAUCUAGUUCCACCAAGUUUCCAAGUUGGAAUUCCUACUUUAGGGGUCAUUCCAGUUGACUCAUUUGUUGGGGGUUCUGGAAUUUACAACUACCGAAACCAAAUGGGAUACCCCAUAAAGAUCCAUCUAGUUUCAAGAAAGAAUUCCGAUAUCAGGGGGUGUUCCGUUUGACCUUUCCAUUGAGCAUUCUGGAAUUCUCAAUUUCCAGAAUCAAAGAGGGACAUGUACCAUCUAGUUCCACCAAGUUUCCAAGUUGGAAUUCCUACUUUAGGGGGCAUUCCAGUUGACCCAUUUGUUGGGGGUUCUGGAAUUUACAACUACUGAAACCAAACGGAAUAACCCAUGAAGAUCCAGCUUCAGUAGGGUGUUCUCUGCAAAGUUUCCUUCAGGCAUCUUCUGACUUCCGAGAUCAAAUGAAGCGCAUCAUAACCUUCCUUCAAUCUGAUGUUUGGAGGUAUUUUUUAAUGUAGCUGAGGAAGUGCUAUGGAGCGUAGACGGCUUUAACGUUUAUCACACCUGGGAGUUCAAAAAGAUUCUCCCACUCUAAGAAGGAGGUGUUAAUAAUAUACAACACAUAUCAUAAGCUUAAAAACCCAACUAAAUGUUCCAUGUGUGAAUAUUCCCUGUUUUACACUGACAAAGUAUUAAUGCAGAUCCUUUUUCCAGAUCAUCCUCAGCUCCAAAAUGCCCUUUAAUGACAGGACGAGCAUCUGUUGUACCAUAAUUACCACCAUCAAGAGCUAGACACCAAAAAGACACAAGUCCUGUCAUUAAAGAGCGCAACAGAGCCACGAUUGUCUCUCCAGCUCUCGCUAUUGUCACUGUACGCUUAGUCGUGUGUGUAGCAGUAACACAAGAGCGAGCAGAGCGCUGCUGGGGUUAUUUCCUCAUUUAAAUCAUCUAGUAUCCGCUUGAGCUGAUCACAAGUUGCUUAUUAUUGUUUUGCCUUUUGUUACCAGUGCAAUAUGUUACAGAUGUAAGUUUAAUUCAGGUUUUGAAGUGCUUGUUAUGUCUUUAUCUUGCAGUUUAUUUGCUCAUAAUCCACAAGAGUUUCAGUUUGUUCUUAUGUUGUUACAAGAGUUGUAUAAAAUUUGUUGGCUGUCUAUUUUAAAAUAAAGCUGCCUGAUCUGUUUUGAAUAUUC